GUCCUCCGGAAGUGGUGCCGUUUUAGCUCCUGCUGGUUUUCUGGCUCUGUGGAGCGAUAGAGCCCGGUGUUGAGCAGCAGCUGCAGCUCAGUGCGCCGCGCAGAGAUGGAGGAAGAGCUGGCCGCCGCUCAGCUCCUGUAAACCGGCCAGGAGAGCAUCGGACGAGCCGGUGGGGAGGGGCGGGGAUGGAGGCAGACUAACCAUGGCUGAUACCAGCGACUGAACAUCCUCACUGGAAAACACCGGGAUCGCCUCGGAGAUCCGAUGAAAGCGUGUUGAGCCUCUCCUCGGUGGGUUGGCAUGGCCCAGUGAUGAACGGAGCGGUGCUGCCCGGUAGCCCGGAGCUUUCCUCCUCGUGUCCGCUGCCCGACUGGAGAGAGUUCUGCGAGCUCCACGCCAGAGCCUCGGCCGCCGACUUCGCCGACAAGUUCCAGCGCUUCUUGUCGGAGAACCCGUGCUACGACUCGCCCGGUGCCGAUGCCAGCUUCUCGCAGCACUUCGCCAACCACUUUCUCGAGUGCUUCUCUGCGGCGCUGACCCAGGCCAAGGAGAAACAGGCGUCCUCUCCGGGGGAGGACGGCUGCAACGCGGCGACCAAGUACAGCAUUGUUCCUUUCCUGGGCAUCCAGGGUUGCCUGCUGACCUACGGCCACGACCUCUACCAGCGGCGCAAAGACACCGGGGCUUCGAGUGAGUCCCUGGACAGCAUGGACAGUGGAGGCGGAGGGAUUGACGGGGGAGGCGGUGGUGGCAGCACCUCCUCCAGGGGUUCGCAGAACCACAAGAUGUCGGUUCUGGGACAGUCACGCAGCUCAGAGGACGUGUCUGUCAGCCACCCGAAGGCUCGCUUCAAGAAAGGCUUCUCCCUGAGGAACAUGAGUCUGUGUGUCGUGGACGGGGUGAAGGAGAUGUGGCACAGACGGGCCUCCCCGGAGCCUGACGCCCCCUCGGGAGCCAGGAGGGCCAACGGGGCGGGAGGCGAGGCGGGAGGGGGCGAGAAGUGGUCCCAGAAGCUCAGGCUUCCCCGGAGUUCCCAGGGCCACAAGGCCGAGCUGCUGGAGAUCCAGAGGGAGGGGGCGCUGAGGUACAUGGUGGCCGACGACACGAACUGUGUGGGCGCCGCGCAGUGGCAGAAGUGCCGCCUGCUGCUCAGGAAGACCAAGCGGGAAGACGGAGGGGAGAAGUUCUUGCUGGAGUUCUACGUUCCUCCAAAGUGUUCGAAGCCUAAAGUGAGCAUCCCUCUCUCAGCGAUCGUGGAGGUGAGGACCACCAUGCCGCUGGAGAUGCCCGACAAGGACAACACUUUUGUUCUGAAGGUGGAGAAUGGGGGGGAGUACAUCCUGGAAACCAUCGACUCUCUGCAGAAAAACUCCUGGGUUGCUGAUAUCCAGGACUGCAUAGACCCCGGAGACAGCGGCGAUGACAUCGAGCUGGCGUCAUGUCCUCACGGUCAGGCCUCCAAAGACUGCUCCAUGGUGGCCUCUUGCAGCUGCGAGCUGCUUUCCGAGGGUGUGUAUCGCGCUGCAGAGAGGUCCUGUCCCACAGCAGCAGAUCAUUACAGCGCCCCCUCGGUUCGAUGCAGGGAGCCUCCGUUCACUCAGCACCCUUCACACAUGCCUUUAGAGCGCUUCCUGCAGUCCCCAGAGGCCCAGAGUGCCAACGCUUCUGCAGGUGGUGGCGAAGGAACAAAGGAGCCAGAGGGCGAUGCCAGUUUGGCAGGUUACCCGUGGUUUCACGGUACUCUGUCUCGUGUUCGAGCGGCUCAGCUGGUGCUUGCAGGCGGGGCCAGGAGCCACGGGCUCUUCGUGAUUCGUCAGAGCGAGACCCGGCCGGGCGAGUACGUCCUCACCUUCAACUUCCAGGGCAAAGCCAAGCAUUUACGUUUGUCCGUUAAUGAGAACGGCCAGUGCCACGUCCACCAUUUGUGGUUCCACACCGUGACGGACAUGCUGAGACACUUCCACGCCCACCCGAUUCCCCUGGAGUCCGGCGGAUCGGCUGACAUCACGUUACGCUCGUAUGUGCAGGUUCAGCGAAGCUCCGCUGCAGAUGCGACCGUGCCUCCGGUUUUCACUCCUCCUCGGGAUGCGUCCUGCAGGACGGAUCCCGUCCAGCCGGCCCUUCACCCUGCCGCUCCUGCUCCUUCGUCCGACGGGCCCCUGUCCUCCAGCACCUCGUCCUCGCCCACUGCCAUGCCGUCCCUCUCCCGGAGCGACCCCGGUACGGGGCUGGGCGGCGGCGGCCUGCAGAGCCGUAGCAACAGCUCCGAGCGCCUGCUGGAGGGUUCGAGCGGAGCGUCCGAGGAUUACCACGACUCCGACGGGACCCGCAGGGCCCGCGCCGUGGAGAACCAGUACUCCUUCUACUAAGCAACCAUCGUAAAAAAACAACAAAAACAAAAAAACGUUUGGCUUGUUUACGUCCUGAAAACACAAGGUGUCAAGGACAACUCCGCACAUUUAAAGAAACAUCAAUAACAACAAAACCCUGAUCCAAAUCACUCCUCAUUUCCUCGGCUUAUUUUUGUUCCUGGGAAGCAAAUGAUGCCAAACGGCGUGUCCGUGCUAACAAAUUCCCCCUUUUUGCUUGAUAUCAAGGACGUGGGUAACAGACACAGAACAAGAGGUGAAGAGGCACAAAAAAAUAUAAAAUAAAUAGAAAAACUUGAUGAUUGCAGGCAGAUGGAGUCAUAUGGUUUCGAUUCACUUCCUCUGUCCAUUUUCUGCUCGGCCUUACCCAUAGUUCCCCAGGAGCGAAGCUGGUGUCGCCGCCCUGCCAGAGGACUGAGAGUCUGAAAUGACCCUGCAGAAACCCCCCGCCUCUCUCGCUCAGUUCCUCGGAGCAUCCUGUUAAUGUUUGUAAAGCUGCUUUGAAUCUGUCCCGGAUAUCCUCGCUGUCCCCCGAGGAUUUUGUCUUCAGAGUCCGGCUCCGGGUCUUUACACUAACACUGGCACAGCUAGCACAUGUGUUUGUGUUAGCUGAGAGGUGUUUUUCCUAAACCUGAACAGCCUGAGGGGGCCUGACAGUUAGCCUGAACUCAGAACAGACUGAAGCAGACGAGGAGGAGGAGGAGUCGAUUCAGAUCCCCUAAAAAUGUGAGUUUAAUCUCUUGCAAACCUAUUCAUAGCUCUGGGUCUUUUCCACAUUCGGUCAGAGAGAUUUUAUGUGUGAGAUCAACACAAAGUAAAGUAAGUUGUGAGAUGAAAGGAAAAUGAUACAAAUUUGUUUUAAUUUUUAUAAAUGAAAUUUUUAAAAAAAAUGUGUUUUACAUUCAAAGUCUGCCCCCCUUUUACUCUGAUAAACGCAAGAAAAAGUCCACUGUGGCCAUCCGCCCUCAGUCCACCUGCAUAAAACUUAAUCUCAGUUUAAAUCCAGCUGUUCUGCCGAGGCUUCGCAGGUUAGCUGGAGUACCUUACUGAACAGGAAGACCAAGAAACACAUAGAACUUGGAACUUCAAAUCAAGAUUAGGCUAUAAAACAAUAUUCCAAGUUUUCUACUGCACCACGAAAGAGAACGAAAUUAAACGUUUUGGCCAACAUUAUACAUGAUGACGCUCAACCCAUCAUCCCCAUGAGGAAACACAGUAGUACCUCUAUCAUGCUGUGGGACUUCUUUUCUUCAGCGGGGGCAGGGAAGUUGGUCAAAGAUGAUGUAUGUCGAUAAAUACAAGGCGAUCCUAGAAAACCUUUUUGUAGGCUGCAGAAGACUUUAAACGGACGCAGAGGUUCACUUUCUGGGUUACAAGGGAAGAGUAACCCAGAAAGAAAACCCAGAUUUGUCCACCAAAUCUGAGUGCAAAGAAGAACGGACAAAUAAAAAUUUUACAGAUUCUUAUUUGUAAGAGAUUUUUAAAAGCAUUCAUGACUUUCAAUCUGCUUUACAACCAGGCACAACUCGGUGUUGAUCUGUCACGUAAAACCCCAAUUAAAAUCUACUAAAGUUUGUAUUGUAGAGUGACAAGUUGUGGGAAAAGUUAUAGGGAUGUGGCUAUUUUUGCAAGAGCGGAUGUUAAAAAUGCCAUCUGUAAAGGUUUUUGAACGUUCCAGAGAGGUCACUACGUCCAGACACAAGGUCAGGUGUUUGUUUUGCUAAAAAGCUUGAGAUAGUUUCUAUGAACCGGACAGGACGGCUCCCGUGUUAGCGGGUUGUUACUCUGAAUGUGUGGUAGUGUAUUAGAGUCCAGAUAUUUUUAAUGGUGGGUGUGUGUGUGUGUGCUGCAGUGGUGUUUCUGAAACAUGCUUUUCCGGGUCCCUCCGUCCUGGUGGCGGUUCCGUAUUCACACACAUCACCAUCAGUGGUAACCUAUAGUUUAGAUUCUCUGUUAACAUAAGAUUACUUUGAAAUAACGCUUUGAGGAUUAAACAAAACCCAGCUCUAUUUGGGACGACUUGCAACAUGUUUUAUUUUUAUUUUUUUCUUUGUGUGUGUGUGUGUGGGGGGGGGGGGGUGUGUGUGUGUGUGUGUGUGUGAAUGGCAGCAUUGGGGGCUGCUGUGUGUGCUCUGCAGGUUAGCUUGUGGGUAUUGACUAGGACAAAGUGGUCAAGGUGGCCAUGCUUGAAUAGAAAGAUGGUGUUUUGCUGUACGAACUGAGGUUUUAUGCAAAUUAUUUCAAGGGAAAAACCUGAUUUACGUUCAAAGUACGAUACAUUCAGUUUGAAAAACAAACUAAUUUGGGUGACUUUGCGAAUCCAACAUGGAAGAUAAAAUUAACAAAGGUUAUUUCGUCAGACAGGCAGUAGCAAUGGCCAGAAACAAAUACUUUUUUUUAAUUCAGUUUGCCAAAAGGAUUAUGAAUGGAAAACAUUUCAUGUGAAAACUGUUCUCUUAAAGAAAAAAACCAAACAAACAAAAAAACCGCUACUUUUAUUGGAAAUACCCAGCUAAGCGUGUCUUAUCGAGGAUGGCCACCGGGCCUGGAAGAUGAUUUCAACGAUCGGGUGAAUGGAGCAGCUCAUGUGCCAAUAAGAAUCCUAUUUUUUGAAAGCCAGUUAUUCCUUCACCCAUGUAAAUGACAUGUUUCCUAUCGAGUCUUAUUUAUGUACAACCGGUUCUUCUUUAUGAAACAGUGGAGAAAAAAAACAAAACAAAACUCCCCGACCCGUCCCACAAAUCAGCAGCCGCACUUCUUUCUGUUCUGCGUAACUCUCCCACAGCUGAACUUUCUGUUGUCUGACUGAGUUUUGAAGAGUCUGUGCAAUUUUGUACAAAGUGAUGUAAUUGACAUACUACUUUAUAUUUCUGUGAAUAAAACGUGGCUCUAUUGGA